AUGGGGUCCUCCAAAUUUUAUGCAUGGUAUUUAUUUUACAGAAUUCAUACAGAAAAAUGCAUUCUAAAAUUAGCUUCCGGUAUAAGCGCGACAUGUUGCCAAGCCGUCAACCCUACGGCCCUGCUGAUAGAGAGCCCUCCGAAAUGGGGCGAGGCGGCUCGGUACGCGUCCAAACAGCACCGCAAAAUCGCCGGAAGGGCCACUUUCCAGGGACAGGUCUACAACUUCCUAGAAAGGCCGGAUAAUUGGAAAUGCUUCGUCUAUCACAUCGUCGUAAUUCAUACAGAAAAAUGCAUUCUAAAAUUAGAGAAGACUAGUCUGUACCCGAAUGUAAUUAUGAGAGGAACAAAAUUAAUAUUGAUGGAGGUAGGAAAUGUAAAAUUUCUGGAUUCUCUCAAUUAUUUUCCUAUGCCUCUAACUGCUCUACCCAAGGCGUUUGUUUUGAAAGAGCUAAAGAAAGGAUACUUUCCACAUUUAUUCAACACUUUGGCUCAUCAGAAUUAUGUAGGGCCAAUUCCAGCGCUCGACUUCUACGAUCCCGACCAUUUAAAGGAAGACGCUCGGGAAAAAUUAUUAAAAUGGCAUGGCGAAAGACAAGCGGAGGGAUACGUUUUUGAUUUUCAGAAAGAAAUCGUUGAAUACUGUAUCUCCGAUGUGGAAAUAUUGACACAGGCGUGUCUCAAAUUUCGAGACCUGAUGAAAACCGAAACCACAGUCGAUCCCUUCCAGGAAAGCACCACUAUUGCAUCAUGCUGUAACAAAGUCUUUAGACGCAAUUUUUUAAAACCUGAGACGAUCGGGAUUCUACCGAACCAGAACUUAUAUCACCCCGUUUUACCGUCAAAAAUGAACAACAAAUUGAUGUUUGUUAACUGUCAAAAAUGUGGUGAAGAUUUCGUUCGAGAAGAGUGUCAGCAUUCUAUUCAAGAAAGAAGCCUAAAAGGAACUUGGGUGAUAGAAGAGGUGCUCAAAGCUAUUGAAAAAGGUUACCAGAUUAUAGAGACUUACGAAAUAUGGGAAUACGAUACAAUUCAGCUCAGUAAAGACCAAGAGGGGUUAUUUAGCGGAAUGAUGAACAAGUUUCUACAAAUAAAACAACAAGCUUCAGGAUGGCCCAAACAUUGCUUAACGGAUGAAGAAAAAAACCGUUAUAUUGAUGCAUUUUUGGAUAGAGAAGACAUAAAGCUGGAAUUUUCAAAAAUUAUAGAGAACCCCUGUUUGAGAUCGUUAGCUAAACUUAUGCUGAAUUCCUUUUGGGGUAAAUUUGCUCAAAAAGAAAACCAAAACAAAACCUCAAUAGUCAGAGACUGUGGUGAAUUCUUUGAUAUGCUGACUAAUCCUUCUAUUCAUGUAAAUACAGUUCUCCCGGUAAACGAAGAAACCCUUCUCAUAACUUGGGAAUUUAGAGAAGAGGCCUAUGACGUUUCUUCAACGGUUAACGUUGUAUUGGCUUCAUAUGUCACGGCCCUAGCUAGACUAAAAUUAUAUUCAUUCUUGGAGAAAGUGGAAGAAAGGGCAGUUUACGUAGAUACAGAUUCAUGUAUUUAUAUCUCUCGUAAGGGAUUAGACGACAUAUCUACAGGCGACUUCAUAGGUGAUAUGACCGAUGAGCUCAAUGGGGGUUUCAUAUCAGAGUUUGUUUCUGGAGGACCUAAGAACUACGCCUACAAAUAUACUACUUUGUCUGGAGAGGAACAGAUCGUAUGUAAAGUAAAAGGCAUAUCACUCAACUACAAGGCAUCCCAAGUAGUCAAUUUUGAGAAAAUAAAAGACAUGGUGCUGAAGAAAUCUGAUCCUGUUUCUGUACUUUCUCGACAGCUACGACGUACAAGAGAGCAUGCAGUAGUAACAGUCGAGUUUCCUAAGGUAUACAAGAUAACUUCAAUGAAAAGGAAAUUCUAUGAAGAUCAUACCUCUGUACCAUUUGGAUUUAAGAAAAUAAAGUAUUGA